GCGGGAAAGCGGGAAGCCGUUAAUUUGCUGGGAAUGGAAUGACUUUCGCAAUUUGAACUGUAACCAGGCAGGGACCCCUUUUCUAUUUCAACAACGACGACGGUUGUUUGGGAGAAGAGGGUUUCUGGCCAGACACAGCCUGCUCGAAAAGAAUCAAUACAUUACUUCAACUGCCACGAUUCCUAUUUUCGUUGUUCAUGCCACUGGGAUCGAUCCAUCUCAUCUAAUUCGAGAAACAUUUUCCGCCAACCCCCCUCGUGUCGCUCAGAUCUCCCUCCGGUUCAGUCCAACGACGAAGAGUCCGAGUCCACGUUAGGCCGCCCCUCCAGAUCAGACGUCAAAGUCGAAUCCCAUCGCGAAAACCCCGCCAGAAUUAUACAGCACGCUCUCCACGCGCUAUAUAUAUUUUCUCUUUCUUUUUUUUCUUCAGAGUAGGGAGAGACUGCGUUUUUCUUCGCUACCGCAAACAUGGAACUACUCGACCGUUUCGGCAAAUGGGCUCAGCUCAAGGUCUACCAGAUCGAAGUCACCUUCUCCGUCUACAUGUUUACACCAACUGAGCGGUUCAUAUUUUGGUCCAUCGUCUUCCUCGUCAACGCCCUCACCCUGAUCGCCACGAUCCUUUAUAUGCCGCAGCACAUCGUGUUCAUCUUUAACCGCGCUUGGUUCUACAUCAACGGCGACAGCAUCGAUGUGAUUGGGGCGGCAAAGGACGCGGCCCAAACACUGGCGGUGAAGGCCGCCGCCAACUCGCAAACGAUCAGUUCAGAGGCAAUCACGGAGAUUACCAGCGCGGCGACCAAUGCAGCGAGCGUGGUGAGGGAGUUGUGAUAUGCAGGACUCCUGGUUCGACAAAAGUUCGGUCUAGGCUUUGAUUAAGUCGGGGCCUUAAGACCAUGGUGGUUCGGAUAUACUUUUUUGACUUUUUCUUAGAGUUGUUUUACUUCGGGAUCCUCGGUUUGCAGCACACACCAAAUUAUAGCAGUGUGGCUGCGUGGGCGUUAUUUGGGCGUUUUUGAACAAAGACGGUGUGCAAAUCAUGGGAGCAUACUCGGAUAGACAACAGCCUUGCUGUGAGCAGUUCACUGCAGAGGAUCAUCAUAUCACACUAAUAGAAUAAUACAACGAUGUCACCUGCAAAUAAAUUCAGGCAUCACAUUCAUCUGGCUACAGACUGCUCA